GUUAAUACAGUGGAACAUGCAGGGGCAAUGGUCAUCCAAAAUAUUACCGGAAAUUUUUCAAAGACUCUUAGACAAUCUGUCCGAAGAGAUACUUGGAUUUCCAGUUUUUGGCUGAAAAAAGUGUACCAAAGGGACUCGGAAGCGGUAUAA